AUGCUGCUCCUAGGGCUGCUGCUGCUGUUGCCGCUGCUGGCAGGCGCCUGCCUGCUGUGGGGCCAGUGGAAGCUCAGGAGCCUCCACCUCCCACCUCUUGCCCCGGGAUUCCUGCACCUGCUGCAGCCCAACCUGCCACUAUAUCUGCUUGGCCUCACCCAGAAAUUUGGGCCUAUCUAUAGACUCCGCCUGGGGCUGCAGUAUGUGGUGGUGUUGAACUCCAAGAGGACCAUUGAGGAAGCCAUGAUCAGAAAGUGGGUGGACUUUGCCGGCAGACCCCAGAUGCUGUCCUACAAGCUGGCAUCUCAGGGCUACCCAGACCUGUCGCUAGGGGACUACUCCUUGCUCUGGAAGGCCCACAAGAAACUCACCCGCUCAGCCCUGUUGCUAGGCAUUCGCAACUCCAUGGAGACUGUGGUGGAGAAGCUGACCCAGGAGUUCUUUGAGCGCCUGAGAACCCAGACCAGCUCCCCUGUGGCCAUUCAGAAGGAAUUCUCUUUCCUCACCUGCAGCAUCAUCUGCUACCUCACCUUUGGAGACAAGAUCAAGGAGGACAACUUGAUACAUGCCUUUUACAACUGGGUCCAGGAGGUGAUGAAAAUCUGGGACCACUGGUCCAUCCAAAUUUUGGACAUAAUUCCCUUUCUCAGGUUCUUUCCCAAUCCAUGUCUUUGGAAGCUGCAGCAGACUAUAGAGAAGAGGGACUACUUUGUAGAGAAGCAGCUGAGGUGGCACAAGGAGAGCCUGGUGGCAGGCCAGUGGAGGGACAUGAUGGACUACAUGCUCCAAGAGGUGGCACUGUCAAGAGUGGAAGAGGGCGGUGGACAGCUCCUUGAAGGGCAUGUGCACAUGGCUGCAGUGGACCUUCUCAUUGGUGGCACUGAGACCACAGCGACCACCCUCUCCUGGGCUGUGGCUUUCUUGCUUCACCACCCUGAGAUUCAGAGGCGAUUACAGGAGGAGCUAGAUCUUGAACUGGGCCCCAGUGCUUCUGGCUCCUGGGUCUCCUACAAGGACCGAGAGCGGCUGCCCUUGCUCAAUGCCACCAUUGCCGAGGUACUGCGCCUACGGCCUGUUGUGCCCUUGGCCUUGCCCCACCGCACGAUGCAGCUCAGCAGGAUCUUUGGCUAUGACAUCCCUGAGGGCACAGUUGUCAUCCCCAAUCUCCAAGGUGCCCACCUUGACGACACUGUCUGGGAGCAGCCACAUGAGUUCUUGCCAGACCGCUUCCUGAAGCCGGGCAAGAGCCCCAGAGUGCUGGCCUUUGGGUGCGGGGCCCGCAUAUGUCUGGGUGAGCCACUGGCACGCCUGGAGCUCUUUGUGGUGCUGUCCCGACUGCUGCAGGCCUUCACACUGCUGCCACCGGCUGAAGGUGCCCUGCCCUCCCUGCAGCCCCAGCCCUACUUCACCACCAAUCUCAAGGUACAGCCUUUCCAGGUGCGGCUGCAGCCCCGGGGUGUGGCUGGCCGCCAGCUGGGCCAGCACCAGUGA